GUGCAGUGGACCAGCAGCUCUUUGUGGUGUAUAAUAUUAUGUCUGUGAGAGUCUGAGGUUUAGAACUCUCGUUCGUGCAGCAGAGAUGCAAAGAGAUUGGCCACACUGUUUUAAGCAGGACGAAUCAGCAGCAAACGGAAGAGCUGACUAGCUAAUGCCUCAUUUGCUUAUGCUGAUAUACCAGUGUGAAACAAGAGAAAAGAGGAGCGGCAUUCAUUGAGCGCUGUGUUGCCAGCUCAGAUCAUCCGGAGGCUUCUCGUUUGCAGACCACUUGAACUGUAUGCACUGUGUGCUUGGGAGCUACAGCAUCAUAUGGCGUGUUACUAUAUUGUCAUCAGCUCCACACACCUUAGCAAUGGCCAUUUCAGAAAUAUCAAGGGAGUUUUUCGGGGACCUCUCUGCAAGAAUGGAAACAAGACACUGGACUACACUGAAAAGGAAAAAGCAAUAACAAAGGCCUUGGAGGAUCUGAAGGCCAACUUCUACUGUGAAUUGUGUGACAAACAAUAUUAUAAACAUCAAGAGUUUGAUAACCAUAUAAACUCCUAUGAUCAUGCUCACAAGCAGAGACUUAAAGAACUGAAGCAGAGGGAGUUUGCUCGGAAUGUGGCUUCCAAGUCUAGGAAAGAUGAAAAGAAACAGGAAAAAGCACUCAAACGUUUACAUGAGCUAGCUGAACUCAGAAAGCAAGUUGUAUGUGCCCCAGGGAGUGGUCCAAUGUUCAAGUCCACAACUGUUGCUGUUAAAAAUGCCUCAGGGACAAAUCAGCAACUUGCCAGCCUGAAUGGUGGAAGAGCAGACAGGGAAUCAACAGAUCCAAAAGACAGCAUGGCAGGCAGUACUGAUGAUAAUAGUAGGGGAAAGAAUAAACUUUCUCUAAGCAAUACAUCUGACAUCUGUAAAGCUGAACAUUGUUUACUGGGAAAACAAACCUGUGGACAAAAAAUAGGAUUCUCUUUUUCCUUUCCCAAGAAAAUUCCUGUAAAACUGGAAUCAUCGGCAGCUGUUUUCUGUGACAGCACUGAAGAAGGACCAAGCAAAAUGAAUACAAGCCUCAAACGCAAAAUCAACUGGAAUACUUGCAGUACGCAAACAAAUUCCAGCAUAGAAACAGUUGCAGAUUUUGAAGUUAAGCCAGAAAGCAGUAAACACCAAGAGGAAAGCAAUUGCUGCACCAAAUCAAUGCCCUUGAUUAAAGAAGGGGUUCAGCAUUUGAUAAUAAAGGAUCAGAACAGUACAGCAGAAAGCUGUUUAACUUCCUGCAUGACUCAAGUUCAAGGCAAGAAUAAGCCAAAACUUCUCUUCUGCACUUCCAUGCCAGUAGAAAAGCAAGAUACACUCUACAACGUUGUAACUAAGGAAGAAAAAGCCUCAGAAAAUGACAGUUCGGUGUGCUUUGCUACUAUUGAGGACCGACAUGGAGUUGAUACAUUAAGUAAUGAAGCAUUCAGUUCACCAGUGGAAGAUGAAACAUCUAAAACAGCUAAUGAGUUAAUACAAAAUGGCGAUGUCACUGAAGAUUUCCUUCGUGGUUUGUCUGAGAAUUGUUGCUCUCUACAUGUAGAGGCAAAAAGGGCUGAUGUAAAAAACAAUCCUUGUGUAGGCAGAAGACCAGAUGCACCUUUCUUCCCUGUUGUCAGCAAGGAUGAGUCAACGGUUCUUCAGUGGCCAUCAGAGAUGUUGAAUUUCACUAACACUGAGCCUUCCAUAUCUUUUUGCUGCAACCCUCUUUAUUUUGACUUUAGGUCAUCCCAAACUAAAAGUUACGUGGAGGAGCGUAAAUCCAAAGCAAAUUAUUUUGACACAUCCCAAACCUCAUCAAAAGAAUUAAGCAGACCUGCCAAAAGGAACCUUUCAAGUGGAUUUUCUGAAAUGAAACCAGAUGUCUCCAGCGUCAAUGUGCAAAGUGCUGCCAACCGUUUUGAAAAGACGCUGAACCUUUGCAAUGAACAAAUGGUUGGAUUAAAUCUGUACUACAAUGGAAUUGGCCAGGAAGAACCCGUGAAAGGAAUUGCACCCCAUUGCAAAUCUGAAAAAUGGAAAAAGCACAAAAAGUCUUAUAGGCAUUUAAAGCAUAAGCAAAGGAAGAAAGAUAUUGAAAAAGAAAGUUAUACAAAUAGGAAAGACAAAGAGCAUAGCUGCAUCAACAAAAAAAUGAAAAGGAGAAGACUCUCAGUGGAGUCAAGAAAGGAGGCAAGUGAGAGAACCGAUGAAUUGUUUAAAGAAGAAAAUACUACAGACACAGUCGAAUGCAGACACAGACAAGAACAACAACAAAAAGAAUAUUCAGAAGGACACCCAGAACAAUCUGAAGUUAACUGUGAUCAAAAUAAUGCAGUUUUACAGACACUGGGUAAAACUCAGAAAAUAGUUGAUUGCAGCAAUGUCAAACAGGACACUUGGCAAAGUAAUUGGAAAAGUAGAGUAUGCAAUACAAAUCAUGAAUUGGGAGAGAAAAGAGAGAGUAGUGAGGGCUAUGGAGAAGAUGGUGAUUUUCUUAUAGGCAGUGAAAGAAACGGCUGCAAACAACAUAACCUGUGUUCAUCGUCGGGGGAUUCUUCAAGAAACUGCCAUUCGUCCUGUACCAUGUGUACUUUUACAAGUAAGCAAAGAACAAGAGGCAAUGGCUACAAUUCUUUAUCAGAUAUUGAAUAUUCAGAUCAACAGAGUGAUGAAAGGCAUUCUUGCCAGAACCUUUCAGUGAAGAGAAGAUAUGACUCGCUGAAUGGCAAGCCUGUCAUUGUCUAUCACAAACGCAGGAGACAUAGACUUGCUUCAUCCCCAGAUGGAUAUCAUAAACAAAUCUCAAAUUCGUCAGGCAGGCAUUUGAGCCAUGUGGGUAGCUCUAACUCAGAUAGUAGAUACAGUCGGAGAGGGCAAUCUCACAGACGAAAGAAGCAAUGUAAAACCAGGCAUUACUUCAAGAGCGAAAUAUCAGGAAGAGAAAAGAGGAAGUGUUUUUUGGCUGAUGAGUUGCAGCCUUGCUAUUCUUCAUGUCAAGAGAAUCUCUGUGAAAAUCCUGCACCAAUUACCCCAAGGCAAGAUACAAAUAUGAUAAAUAUCUCUCACUCUGUGGUACAGCAGGCAGAGGAAAGCUGCAGUUCAGUGUUUGAGCUAUCAACAGGAACAUUUGCAGAAGGUUACCAUUCCAAGAUAAACAACUGUUUUACAGAUGCAGAAGCAUCUAAAAUGACACAGGACAGAUGUGAAUUUGAUGAGUGCACGAAAAACAGUUUUUCAGAAAUGUGGAUUAAUCACAAAGACCCUUCAGAGAAUAUUUUGCUUCCCAGGCUUUCAUUUGUCCUAAAUGAUGGCACUGUGUUGCCACAGAGUGAAAAGGUACCGACUGUGAAGACUCUAUCACAGAAAGAAGUAAUUCAUCAGAAACAGACAGAUUUGUAUGGCGAUAACAAAGAUAUGAAGCCAUCUCUAAAUGAGGUAUUUCUUUGUCAUUAUGAAACUGCACCUGAAACACAUGUAGAAAGAGCAUCAUGGCUUCAAGACAAUUCAAAUAUUCCACACUGCCACACCCAGCAAACUCUGCAGAAUGAAGCAACGGCGAUGAUUGACGAUCAAAAUGGAAGUACUGAACAAACACACAAAACGUUUUCACCAUUGUCUCAAACAAUAUCAUUCACACCAGAUGAAAUUGAGAAAUACAAGCAACUGCAGAUUCAAGCUCAGCAUCACAUAGAACAACAGAAGCUAGUCAGCAAAGUGAAGACACCUUCACCCAUUGCAGCAAAUCCUGUGCAGCAGCCAAUCUCUCGUCAACAAUCAGUGACGACUGCAUCAAUUACAACAAUUCACCGGACUGUGCUCCAACAUCACACUGCUACUGCAGCUGCACUUUCCGCAGGAGUAUUCACGCAACCAUACUCACAGUCUGUUCCACAUGUCCAUUCUCUCCCGUCACACUUAACACAUAUUUCAUUAACCCCUGGCCUUUAUCAUGGAGGUCACCCGACUUUCCUAGCAGCUCCACAACUACAUAUCAUUCCUACUUGUGCUCUUCUCCCAUGUCAUUUUGCCCUCCAUCCCUUGCCGGCUACUACAUUGCUCCCCCCAUUACUGACGCUACAUAGUCCUACUAUUCCACUCCACCAUUUACUUCAUUCUAAUUUUACCACCUAAAAUUUCCUGCAUCUGACAGGCCACAACACCUAAAAUAUGAAAUGAACUAUAUGUUUACCUAAGUAGCCUGGAAUCCAGGCCGGGAUUUUCAUUAAGCCUGUAAAGCAUUAUUGGCAUUACCUAUUUUGGGUGUGUUUACAAUCUUUUUACAAAGUGGUAGAGAGAAUAAUAAGGAUACCCUUUGUAAUGUGUCACACAAAUCCCUUUUUUGCAUCUUAUAUUGGAAUGUUCCCUUCUUGCUGCAGAACCUGCUGUUAUACUUGAAGUCUACAGAGUAUUAAUACUGAUGUACUGCUGAUAGUGUUUACAGCAAUGUAAAUAAAUAUCCAUGAGUUUGGUCCAAAAUACACACAAAACUUUUAAAAUAUAUUAGGUAGGGAAUUUCUUUCUACUUUGUUGUAAUUAUUGGUCGUAUGCUGUUUUUUUAUCAAGUGAAUGUUGUGUGUAUACCUGAUGCACCUUGUCACCGAAUUUUGUACUGAUAUAUGUUACUGCUAGAUCAAAUUAGCUGUUUAAAAUUGGUAUGCGCAUACACACACACACAGAUAUUUAUGCAAUCAAUGAUGAACUAAACUAUCAGAAUUUGUAUUAAAUUGUCUAGAAACAUCAUCUAAACCCACAAUUAUUUUGACAUCUUAUAACUUACUGUUAUCCAUAUAUUUCCAUGACUGUAUAUUAUAUGUCUUUGUAACCAAACGAUGUCAAAGAAUACAAGAUACAAAUUUGUUACACAGCUGACAGUAAAAUAUUGACAAUGUGACUGUUUUACCAGAUAAUGGCAAAAUACGUGGUAUUAUGUGAAUCCUUGUUUAUACCUUGGAAGGUUUAAGUUAAUAAUAUGACUUGUUUGUAUCACUGGGCUGGAAAAAUUAGUGCAUUUUGACAAGUGUGUCCCUAAGAUCUGAUAUCGCAACAAGCAAUGGUAACAAUCAUUUCUUAAGAAUACUAAUGCAGAGAUAUUUUGCCAUCAAAAUUGAAAUAAUUUUGGACAUAUCUGGUUUGGCUUUGGACAGAUUGAGCAUUGCUUAAAUUGGAAAAUUACUUUAAUUCAGCAUUAACUAGCACUAAUUAAGCAGUAUUCCUCACAGACAUCAUAAAUAAAGAGCAUGUGGAUAAUUGCAGUGUUUUUGGUAGUGUGGUUAAAGGCUGAUUUUAUAAGGUGGUUGAUAUACGUCAUCAAAACCGUGAUGCACUGUAUUGCAUCUUAUCUAUAUCAUUACCUGAAUCGGGAGGCUUAAAGCUGUCACUGGGCAAGAAAUAGAAAAAUGUUUUUCUUGAGCUUUUUCUAAUGCGUACACAUGCAUAAGAGCAUUGUUUCUGAGGUUACAGCAUUAUUGACAGUGAAAAUAAAUUUUGUAUAUCAAAACAAGCCAUUUAAGAUUAUUUAAAUUCAGUUUUUAUAAUCAGUAAGAGAGCAUUUCUUCAUUGCACCAGAGUGUAAAAAAAAUAAUUCCAGCCAUCAUCCUGCCUCACAGUGUGAAUGUUGCAGUCAAGCGAGUUGUAAUAUUCACUGUUGUAUAUAAAGGAGAUCAGAAACCAAAAGAUCAUAACAUUUUCUAUUUAAUUGUGUGCAAUACCAUUAAAUAAAUUUUAUUCACUAAUAUGCUAAGUACAGCUUUACGCUUCCCCAAGCCAAUAAGAACAUCAUAAAUUGUGUUUCCAGAAGGUCAACAACAUAUUUAGCCCAACCUUGCUUUACACACCGUACUGCUCAUAUGUGAAACCAGAAUCAUUACUUGCCAUUGAUACCUACAUCAUUAACUAUUCACAUGCCAAUGAUCUGAAUUUUGGGAUCAGGGAUAUAAUGACAACUCUCAUUGUCGAUCUGAAGAAAGAUUUUCACAGAGAUCUAAAAAAACCUAUCAUUUACUCUGAUCCGGAGUUCUUCCAGCAACCAACACUUGCUGCAGAUGUGGUCGCUACCAUUCACACGGAUGAUCCCUGGAAUGGUAGGUUUAACGUAUGAUGAACGGCUAAGGAUCCUGGGAUUGUAUUCAUCAGAGUGUAGAAGGUUGCUGGGAGAUCUAAUAGAAACUUACAAUAUAAUGUAUGGCUUAGAAGGGGUGGAUGCUAGGAAGUUGUUUCCGUUAGGCGGGGAGAUUAGGACCCGUGGGCACAGCCUUAAAAUUAGAGGGGAUAAAUUUAAAACUGAAAUGAGACGACAUUUCUUCAGCCAGAGAGUGGUGGGCUUGUGGAAUUCAUUGCUACAGAGUGCAGUGGAGGCCAGGACAUUGGAUGCCUUCAAGGCAGAGAUCGACAAAUUCUCGAUCUCAGAAGGAAUCAAGGGCUACGGGGAGAGUGCAGGGAAGUGGAGUUGAAAUGCCCAUCAGCCAUGAUUUAGAUGGCAGAGUGAACUUGACGGGCCAAAUAGCCUUACUUCCACGCCUAUGUCUUAUGGUCUUAUGGUCUUAUAGUUCAGAGGCAAGGAAUACUGCAAUGACUAGCUCUCCUCAAAGUAUUUCUACCAGGAUAUCUGUAAGACACAAGUCAGUAAUGUAAUUGAAUAAUCCCCACUUGCCUGGAUGAGUCUAGCUCCAACAACACUCAAGAAGCUUGACACUAUCCAGGACAAAGCAGUCCAUUUCAUAGGCACCAUAUCUACAAGCAUCCAUUCCCUCCACCACCAAUGCUCAACAGCAGCAGUGUGUACUAUCUACAACAUGCGCUACAGAAAUUCAUCAAGGAUCCUUGCAGAGUACUUUCCAAACCCAUGACCACUUCGAACUAGAAGGACAGGAACAUUAGAUACAGAAGAACAUCACCACCUGCAAGUUCCCCUUCAAGCUACUCACCAUCCUGAAUUGGAAUUAUGUCACCAUUCCUUCACUGUCACUUGGUCAAAAUCCUGGAAUUUUCUCCCUAAGGGCAUUGUCAAUCUACCUACGGCACUUCAACUACAGUAGUUCAAGAAGUCUGCCGACCACUACCAUCUCAAAGGCAGCUAGGGAAAGGCAAUAAACACUGGCAUGUCUGAGAUGUCGACAUUCCAAGAAUGAAUAGUGACAGAAAAGGGGCAAACCCUUUGUCUAUUUAGUGAUUUUUGAUUGGGGACUCAGCAGCAUUCUAAAUGGAGAAGCAUAGAUUCAGAGGCAGCAGCAUUUAGGUUUCUACAAUGAACAGUGUAUAUGCAGACUUCAGAAGCUUCUGCAGUUUGAGAAGAGUAAUGAUGGUGGAUACUGCCAGUUUCACCAACAUUAUUACCACAAAAUCUGGGCCAUUGGUAAUUUCAGAAAUUAAUAUCCAGAAGCAUUAAGGAAUGGUAUUAGUAGAUGAACUGCUCUGCUCACCAAACAAUAACUAUAGCCAAUCGCUAUUGCUGGUCAAUUCUAACUAAUUUUGCAUUGAAAUUGUUUAAUCGUAAAUUCAUAUGUGCAUUUUAGAUGAUCUUAAUACCUCUUCUCAUUUAGUGGUGUGAAACAUAAAUAAUAAUCAAGGUGGACACACGUAAAUAAUAUGUGUAGCUAGUUGCAGGGAAACAAUUGCAGUUCAUUUCUGUACAAUAUCUCAAUGGUGUCCUUAUGCAGUAAUUUUUCUAUUGGUAAUGCUAAUCUUGCAAUUCUACCUCAUAUUCAAUGUAAUGCAAAAACUAUUAAAAAUACUUCAGCAAAACAGCGAUCUUAUUAUAUCUACAGGGUUUCUAAAUACAAUGUGAGCAGUCAAGCAACCUAUCUACAUGCACCUGAAGGGUGAAUGACUCUGCCGUCAUCUUUCCAUCUAGAUUCAGCUGAGAUACAAAACUAAAGUGCAUGUGAAAUCUGACAGAGUUUUGAAGGCUGUGGUAAACUUAACAGGCAGAUGUAACAUGCACUACCAAGGCUAUGAUCAUUCAGGUCCUAUCAUGGUUUUGUUUAGUUAAUUCUCAGAGGAAACAUAGUUGUGAUUGUUAAUGAGUUGUCAAGACAAUCACAAAUUCCUGCAGGAAAAGCAGUAAAAUGCAAAAUAAUCUAACAUUCUAACUUCUUACAUCUAGGAAUUAGAAGAAACCAUUAGAAUUAUUUUUAUUUAGCAGUGAGUUGAGCAGUGAGCAAUGUGUUCACUCCAAAAGGGUAAAAGAAAUGUAUUUAUCAUUUCAGACUUCCAAGGGAUCUAAAUAAUUGUGUGCCGUGGGGAAAAAUACAGGAUUAUAGAGAAAGCAAAAGGACUGGGGCUCAUUAAAUAGCUCUUUCAGAGCCUGGCACGGACAUGAUGGGUCAAAUAACCUUCUGAGCUGUGUGAUUUUAUGAUAAUUCUUAAUUGAUUUGUAAUGCAGAGGCUGAAAACUACUUUAAACAGAUAUUGAUGAUUUUUUUCUUGUCCUGCUAAUUCCAAAGAUAAGAGUAGGUAAUAUGAGCAUUACCUGGUCAUUCCACAAUGUUGAGCUCCCAGAUUGUUAAAUUCAUUGCACAUUAUGACAUAUAGAGGCUGACAAUUCCAGCUAAAUUUUGGAAAGUUGGAAAGAAAUAAAUUUUCAAGACCAUAUUUUUCAUUUAAAGUUCACUAUUUCAUUUAAGAUUUCCUAUUCAUUAUAUUUUGUUGAUACAAUUUAUCUUGGUUCACUAAACAAAUACAUCAUCCUGCCUGCAUGUUUGAUUACUCAAGAGACCAAGGAUAGAGACUGAAAGUAAAUUAUGUGCUGACAAAUAAUUUGAAGUGCAUUUUCAACUGCAAUUCUUCACAUGUCUAUGUUUUCAAUCUCAAUUCUGACAGAAAAAAAGCAUGAAACAGAAGCUAAGUAUUUCCCUAGGCCAAUGAAGAGGAAUUAAUUGGUAAUGCACUGGAGCGUGCUCACAUGUGUACCUGAGCAGACAUUGUGAUAUAGUUCUUGAAUGAGAAUGGGCACAGAUAGACUUCCGACAUGUUCAUCUAUUAUACAGCUCAUACUACGGCAGACAUCAGUAAGUUAAAAUGAACAUGGAGGCAAAAAAAUAAUUUCAUAAUACUCAGCUGAUUCAAAGGUUGUAUUUUCUGUUAAUUCAUUAUACUGGAAUCUGCCCCAUACUUUGAUUAUAUCAUCACUGAAGAGUGUAGAAAAUGAUCAUUUGGGAAAAGAAUUGAGAGGCUGUCAAUUUAAUAUAAUUUAAUCUGAUGAAACAUAUUGAACACAUCUUCCUAAUAGCCACAUUAUAAACAUUAAUUUGCUUAUGAAUAAUGAUUAACAGAUCUGAUGUAAAUAUAAUACUAACUGAUUAACUCUGGGAGAUGAAAUGUUCUUGAACUAACCAUAACUUACUCUAUUUGUUCUUUCAACCAAAUGUUUAAUUUAUCUAAGCAAUCAUUGUUAAAUCUUUCAACAUGCUUAUUCAAAGUGUUCUUAAUAGUGGAAAAUAUAGAAAUUAUAAGACCGUACGAAAUAGGAACUGGAGUUGGCUAUGUGGCCCCUCAUGCCUGCUCUACCAUUCAGCAGGAUCAUGCCUGAUCAGGCAUUCCUUCCAUCAACUUUCUUGCCCUUUCCCCACAACCCUAGAUUCCUCAACUGUUCCAAGAUCUAACUAUCUCAGCCUUAAUUAUACACAAGGACUCCGCCUGCCUCCCCUCCCACAGCUCUCUGUGCUAAGGAGUUCCAAAGACACUCAAUCCUCUGAGAGAAUAAAUUCUUCUUCAUCACAGUCUUAAAAGGUGUCCCUUUAUUCCGAGACUAUACCCACUAGUCCUAGAUUCUCCCAUGAGGGGAAACAUCGUCUCAGCAUUUAGCCUGGCAAAUCCCUGAAGAAUCCUCUAAUAUCUCAAUGUGAUCACCUCUCAUUCUUCUAAACUCCAGUGAAUAGAGACCAAAACUGUUUAAUCUUUGCUCAUAAAAUAAUCCCACCGUAUUAGGCAUCAUCCUAGUGAAUUUUCCCUGAACCAUUUCCGAUGAAAUAAUAACUUCCCUUAAAUAAGAGGACCAAAAUUGCGCACAAUACUCCAGAUGUGUUCUCACCAGCACCUUCUACAGUUGCAGAAAGACUUUUCCGUUCUUAUACUCCAACAUUUGCACUCUGUCAGACAAUGAAAAUGAACUUGUGUGUGCAUUCUCCUUUCAUCACUGAUACCAAUAAAAUUCAUACCAGCUAAAAUAGUGCAUUUUAGUUCAAGAUUAAACCUUUGUAAGUCAUAAAUAUUCCUCAGUAUUGGUAUGACCUGACCCUUCUAACAUUACUCGUGCAGCACUGUUAAUUCAUGCAGGUCAUUUCCUCACAAAAUGUCUUCCAUUUCAACAUUUAGUUUUCCUUUUCCUCUGCAACUGAAAGUAAUUUUAAAGGGAUUUAACUGCAACCAGAUUAAGGCUUUUUGCAAUUCAGCUGAACUUUGCAAAACAAAAUUGCGGCUAGAAAGUAAAGCAGUUUAUUGUAUAGGGAUUAGUUCUUCUUCAACUUUUAGCUAUAAACUGAAGCUGGUUAAUGGAAUUUUUUUCACAUACCAAUCAAUCCUUGGACAACAGCUGCAGAGCACCAACAAAAUUGGAAGAUUAAUAUGUUCCAGCAAGAUGAAGAAUGAGUUGUUUAUAUCCUUGCAAUGCUGAGGAUAGCCUCGAUUUUGACCUUCCUGCAGACAUAUCCAACAAUACACAGUGAUGUGUCAAAAAACAGCUCUCCUCUAGGAAAGUUAAUGAUUCAUGUGGUCUAAGUUUCUCUAUAUAAUUCGUUGUUAAUCCUGUUUCAUUAUACAGCACUCUGUA